CCAAGCGUACUGCUCGCGAUCUCGCGGUUUCAUCACCUUACAAUAGAUGGCGCCAAAAUACUGCGACAUUUCCAGCGAGGCUCUUUUCUUUGAGACGAAUGCGACGCUAUAUAUUUUCACAUAUUUAUGUUUUUUGAUUAGGAGGAAACUUGUGAUCCUAUUUAUUCUUCGGUUGCAUUAUUGAUUUGAUACAUCAAGAUACAGGAUUGGGAUAUUGUCGUGGCGUUUGUUGUGAAAAGCCGAACUUGUAGUGAAUCCUAGUCAGUCCAUUUGUGAUAUUGGCAAACAGCUUGGGUGGCGAAAGGCUGCUCACUGGUGCAUCAGCAUUGGACGUAAAAAUGUACCCCAGUGUUGAAUGAAGCCUCUUUUUGAUUUUUGGUAGAUUAGUGUGCUGACUGAAAAGGUGUCUUUUACUGAAAAGUACUUGAUUGUUCUCAUCAAAGACUGAAAAUGGGCAAUGAAACGUCACUUCCGAUGGAGAUGUGCUCCAACUUCGACCCGGAUGAAAUUCGGCGCCUUGGAAAGCGAUUUCGGAAACUAGAUCUCGACAACUCCGGAUCGCUGAGCGUCGAGGAAUUUAUGUCUCUGCCGGAGCUUCAGCAGAAUCCUCUAGUCCAGCGAGUGAUUGAAAUAUUCGAUGAAGAUGGCAAUGGAGAGGUAGACUUCAAAGAGUUCAUCCAGGGUGUGUCACAGUUCUCUGUCAAGGGAGACAAGCUCUCGAAGCUGAGGUUCGCUUUCCGUAUCUAUGACAUGGACAAGGACGGACUAAUAUCAAACGGAGAACUGUUCCAGGUGCUAAAGAUGAUGGUGGGCAGCAACCUGAAGGACACGCAGCUGCAGCAGAUUGUCGACAAGACCAUCCUCUUCGCCGACAAGGACGAGGAUGGCAAGAUCAACUUCGAAGAAUUCUGCGCGGUGGUGGGCAACACAGACGUCCACAAGAAGAUGGUGGUGGACGUGUAAGAGGGUCGCGGCGCCACGGCGGCGGGUGGAUGGGAAGGGGACGGAGACUCGGCGCCGCCCUGUGAUACGGAGCUCGGUUACAGCAGGAACGUCUCGCUGCCGCAGUUCUACAGUCGACAAGGGCGCCGCUGGAGUGCUACUGGCAAACACCUGAUAUAAGUGGCAGUGGAACGUCCGGCACCGAUGGGCCCGGAGGCGGUCUCCAUUGCUCUCUGUUUCUCUCCCUCUCUCCCUCUUUCAAUCGGCCGGCUGGGUUUGCCGCCGCCGCCGCCGCUUUUCAGGGGAACCCACCGCUAAAUUCGGCACAUUGUUCAGCAGUCAGCACGCCACCUGGGACAACUGGCACGGACGCAGGACAUCGCCGGGUCGGUCCGCGGGUACGCGGGUGACUUUUCUGCGUCAGAGUGCGUUUUUGUGUCGCUUCUCGCGGAAUGUUGCCGAUUCGUGCGGCCCGGCUGGUGGCACGGCCCUCUGCUAUUUUGCUGGGUGCUCGGCCGUUGCGCCCCGUCGUGGCACGCCCUUCCCUCGGCCGUGCCACCGCCUGGCUGAGGUGCUAAAUCGUACCGUUUCGUGCUUGAGCAUGCCCGAUUUCGUCGUCGGUGGACUUUGCCUGCAGAGAAAAGCGUGGUUUUGUGUUUGGUGCCCAACACUUGUCAACUGGUGCGGUUGGUUGCUGCCUAUGCGAUGAAUUAAUCAUACAUUUUGUUGGGAAUAAUAUAUCUAUAUAAACUUAGCCAGUCAUAGUAGCUGCAUACAUAUUAGAUGUCCCUAAUUGUGACUAUUCUGAGUGUUGUGAUUGCCGUUUGGUCACCAAGAACGCUAUCUCCUAUUCUCUCUUACUUUCUCACACCUUUUGUUUGUUCACCUGCCUGAAUGUCUGUCUUUUGUUUUCGGUAUCUCUCUCCCUCUCCAUCUCUCUUCCUUCUUUAUCUUCUCUUCCUCGUUCUCUCCUCUUUGUCUUCUUUUUUUCCCUCUUUUUUUGUGUAUGCGCGUGGAAGUGUACAGUUUUUGACUUCGUUUACGCGUGACUCCUUCACCCGAUGCGAAUUUCGUGGUCUUGCCACAAAUACAUUCAAUUAAUAAUCAAAUAA